AUGCAGGCAGUGCCAUUAUUCAUAUCAGAAAUUGCACCUGCCGAGUACAGAGGAGGCUUUAAUCUUUGUUUUCAGCUCCUUAUCACAAUAGGCAUUCUAUUUGCUAACGUGACUAACUAUGUCACUUCAAAAUUACACCCGUACGGUUGGAGAAUUUCACUGGGUAUAGCAGCAUUUCCUGCUUUACUUCUCCUCCUUGGCUCUAUUACGAUCGUGGAGACACCAACGAGCCUUAUAGAACAAGGGAAGAAUGAAGAAGGCUUGUAUUAUUUGAAGAAACUUAGAGGUGUUGAUAAUGUUGAUAAAGAAUAUGAAGAAAUUUUUCAAGCUGUUGAAUUUAGUAAGCAAAUUAAGCAUCCCUUCAAGAACCUUAGGAAACAGUCAAGUCGACCUCAACUAGUAUGUGGUGCACUUAUUCAAAUCUUCCAGCAGUUCACAGGCAUCAGUGUGGUCAUGCUUUAUGCCCCAGUUCUCUUUCAGACCAUGGGGUUAGGUGAGAAUGCGUCAUUGAUGUCAGCUAUAAUGACUAAUACAGUUAAACCAAUAGGCACUGUGUUUGCAAUUUUUGUGGUUGAUAAAUUUGGUAGAAGAGCGUUGCUCAUUGAAGCAGCCAUUCAGAUGUUCAUUUCUCUGGGUGCAAUUGGAGUGAUCCUUGCAAUGCAUUUGCACUCCACAAACGUUGUGUCGAAACAUGAUGCCAUACUUGUGAUCAUCUUGGUCUGCGUGUUCUUGGCUGGUUUUGCUUGGUCAUGGGGUCCCUUGGGAUGGCUAAUUCCAAGUGAAAUAUUCCCAAUAGAGACUCGAAGUGCUGGCUUCUCCGUCGCCCCUGGCUUGAGAGAUUGUUUGGAUGAACAAGUUGUUUUGAAGGUAGAAGGUGUGGAAUUCAAUAUACAAAUCAAUGAAUUUGAUUCAGUGUUAUACUCAGAAUUUUCAAGGAUUGAGUUUUCUAUGAACAAACCCAAUAUGCAAUAUGAUGGAGAUAGGGAACUGGAGUCUGUUUCUGCAGAAGAAGAGUGUCAGCAGCCUCAUAAUUCAGGACAAUUUCGUGCAGAUACUAGCGUAGACAUUAUUGACAGCCUAAGCCUAUAUGAUAGGGAUAACUUAGGGCCUAUUUUGGACUUAAUCCAUACAGCAUCAGAAUCAAAUAUACAGCAGCAGCAAGUCCACAAAUUUGAUCAGACUCAGCCUGCAAAUAGCUUGGGCAAAUAUGGUCAGUUUCGGAUCGUUGACACUAUUGAUAAUCAUGACACAGUUUGGAGCAUCACAAGGAGGAAUGUUUUGGGCCCUCAUUUCCAGUUCCUCUGUGUGCUGAAUUUGCCCUUAACCCAAACCCAAGCCCGCAAAUAA